AUGGAUCUGUCGCCGCUCAGCAAGCUUUCGGCCGAACUUCGCAACGAGAUCUAUGAGAUGGUGCUGAUACACAACAACCCCAUCAUCAUCACGGCGGACAACUACACAUCAGACAUCUACACACCUGGGUUUUCCUCAGAGCGCCACCCUCUUGCGCUGCUCCGCGCAUGCAAGCAGACCAGCCGCGAAGCCACUUCGUUGUUCUACGGCAACAACAGCUUCUGUUUCGAAUUUGCGCCGAAUCUGGAAAACUCGGAGAAGGACGAGCUGUGCCUGCUGCAGAGAUUCUGUGCUUCUAUCGGCAAUGAUGCUUUGGUGGGCUUACGCGACAUUCACAUGAAGGUGGGCAGGAGCUUCCUUGACAGAGCGCCGCCGAUAUACAGCGAAGAAAGUAUCUUGGUACACUCAAGGAAUCUCUUAGGGCUGCAAGGGAUCUCUGUACUCAACGACCGACUGAAGAUCAAGUACAUGAUUGGAGAAUGCUCGUAUGUAAAUCGGUCGCAGUGGGGACUCGGAGAAGGCGCUUGGGAGGCGUAUUACUUCACGGAGCCCAUCGAGAUCGAAAAUUUGGAGAUCACACUUCAGGCUGUCAUUUUAUCUCUACAGCAUCSUAAGAGGGCCUUGCCAUGGAAUGGUUAUGUCAAUCUGUCCGUCGAGAWUGCCCUCCGCGAGGAGCUGGAGCGCUUCCAGAAAAUUGCAUUUGGAUCUGGAAAAGUCACGAGUACAUUCGCGAAGAAGUACAGGCGCAGCUUUGUCAUUGAGAUGGAGGUCUGGCAGUGGACACCGACUGCUUGCGUGGGAGCCAGGGGCAAGGAAGAAAUGUCCACAAUCUAG